GACCGCUCUGAGUGGUCGCGCUCUUCACGCUGCUGCCGCGGCCCCGCCGCUCAACGGAUCAGACACGCACAGUCGCGAAUGCCCGUAAAGCACGUUAAGACGCUGCUGUUUCCGUAGACAUUUGCUCCCUCGGAGCCCGUUUGACUCUGGAGUAUCCAGGCUGGAGCGGGAUCGUUAGUCUGUGCAGCACAGAGAAGGAGAAAGCGGUAAAGGAGAGCAGUGCAUGAGGAGGAGGAGGAGGCCACUCCUUCGAUAAACUGUGAAAACGCAAAAAGCUCUCUCCGUACAGCUGCUGGCUUAUAUUUACAUUCAGCAGAUGUGUUUGGACUGAUAAAUCACUAGAGCUGUGUGUCUGGGUGAUCAUCUGGACGUCGGGCGUUCAUGAUUAUUCCCGCGUCGGAUCUUCAAAGAGAAAACAAUGUAACCUGGUAACGCCAAUGCAGGCUAGAGUUGAGAAGAUCCAACAGCAGCAGUAAGCCCGGCCGAAGUGACGUAAAAAAAGCAGGCACAUUGCAGCCAUGCUGGAGGAGGACAUGGAAGUGGCCAUCAAGGUGGUGGUGGUGGGGAACGGUGCGGUCGGGAAGUCCAGUAUGAUCCAGCGAUACUGCAAGGGCAUCUUCACGAAAGACUACAAAAAGACCAUCGGGGUUGACUUUCUGGAAAGACAGAUCAUAGUUAAUGGCGAGGACGUCAGGCUGAUGUUGUGGGACACGGCAGGACAGGAGGAGUUUGAUGCGAUCACCAAAGCCUAUUACAGAGGUGCUCAGGCCUGUGUGCUGGUCUUCUCCACCACCGACAGAGAAUCCUUUGAGGCCAUCAGCAGCUGGAGGGAGAAAGUGGAGAUUGAGGUCGGGGACAUUCCCACCGUCCUGGUGCAGAACAAAAUCGAUCUACUGGACGACACGGUUAUCAAAAAUGAAGAAGCUGAAGGUCUCGCUAAGAGGUUGAAGUUAAGAUUCUAUCGGACGUCAGUGAAAGAAGAUCUGAACGUCAAUGAAGUUUUUAAGUAUCUAGCUGACAAAUAUCUGCAACGACUCAAGCAACAGUCAGCAGAGGAGACGGAGGUUGUUCACACAUCCAGCAAUAAAAUAGGUGUUUUCAACACUACCGGUGGCAGUCAUCCCAACCAGAACGCCAGCGAUCUGAACGGGCGCGAGGUCAUAAACCUGCGACCAAACAAGCAGAGGACCAAGAAAACGAAAAACCCGUUCGGUAGCUGCAGACUGCUGUAGAAUGUCUUCGAUUCACGGUAUGCCUUGUGGGGAAUUGAUGAGCCGCAGGCGAUACGAGGCUUCGUUAGCGCUAACUAGAGUUCAAGAAAAGUCCCGUGUCCGCUCUGAACGUGCGUGAUCCAGAGCAGAUCUGUCAUAAUGUGUGUUUCAUCAUGUCAUGGACUCCUGCUGUAGGCUGCUGGCGCCCUCUGCUGGCUGACACUGCUUACGACACUAGCAGCAACAAACACAGUUGCAAAAAGAAUAAAAUAUAAUACGACUUGACUGGUCCUAAAAGUCAAAAGCAACCCUCGUGACGGUAAAUUGGAGGUCAGUUGAGCUAUUUUUGUACGCGUAUUGACGAGUAAAUCUUUUGGACACUGCCCUUCCUCACAUUUUAACAAAAAUUGUGGCUCAAAAUUUAAUGAAAAGCAAAUAUAUUUUAUCACAGUCAAAUAUUUCAGAUGUGCAUUAUUUCAUGUGGUACACAGCAGGGUAAUUUUCUCGAAUAAGAUUACAGACAACAGAAAAAAAUACGAUUUCUAACACACCAUUUGUGCAUUUGGACUGUUGAUCGUUUGUGCAAUAUGUUAGUAUUGAUGGAGAUGCAUCAUUUGCUAUCACAAUCUUCCCUUAAAAGUAAUGCUCAUUUGUUGUUUCUUAUAUGAACGUUGUCGCAAAUUUUAAUCCACAUGUUCUUAUAGGUAUUUUUGUAUGAAAAAUGUAGUAAAGUAAUGACUUACUUAAAUUCAUAACAUUUAACACAGUGCCAAAAUGUUUCUAAACUCAUCGUACCUGUAAGAAAUGUAAAUAGUGUUGGUAAAUGGUUGAACAGGUCAAUUUUUAAAUAUUUUGGAUGAAGUCAACACCCUCUGUCUGAAACUCUGUUAACACAAUACCAAAUGCAAGAGACAGGAUAAUAGAAACAUAUUCUUUUGGGAGAAAGUUAAUUUUUUUUUUUUUUUUUUUUUUUUUUUUUAGUUGCUGAUGACUGGCAACACCGUCCAGAUAUUUUAGCAUAAAACAGCAUACUAGGGCUGGGCGAUACAGCUGCUGAAAAUUACAUCUUGAUUUUAUUAAACCUUUAUGAAUAUACACUACCAGUCAAAAGUAUUUGAACAGUAGGAUUACUAAUGGUUUAAAGAAGUCUCUUCUGCUCACCAUGCCUGCAUUUAUUUGGUCCAAAGUACAGCAAAAAUAGCAAAAAUUUGAAAUAUUUUUACUAUUUAAAAUAACUGCUCUCUAUCUGAAUAUUGAAUAUUGAAUAUGAAUAUGUAUAUGUAUAUAUAUGUAUAUGUGUGUUGUAUUGUAUAGUUAUAGAUAGAUGCUGAUCUUUGGAACUUUCAAUUCAUCAAAGAAUCCUGAAAUAAAUGUACUCAACUGUUUUAAAUAUUGAUAAUAAUAAUACAAAAAAGGUUCUUUAACAGCAAAUCUGCAUAAUAGAUUGAUGUGACACUGAAGAAUGGAGAAAUGAAGCUAAAAAUGUUGCUUUGAUCACAGGAAUGAACUACAUUUUUAAAUAUAUUCAUAUAGUAAGCAGUUAUUUUAAAUGGUAAAAUAUAAAAUAUUUGUUUUCACACUGUUUUCUCUAGAUAAACAGAUGAAUUUUUCUAUUUUUACUGAAGCAUUUUAACCCUUAAAUGUAAAGGAAGUUUAGAAACCAGUCUUCAAAAUAUUGUACAUCUUAAUCACUCUAAUGCUGUUAUUCCAGCUUAAGUUUAAAUGCGGUGCUAUUAAAACAUCUCCGUCGUAAUGCUCUCGUACUGUAUGUUAGACUGUGAACAUGUCUAAUUAGCUGUUCAGAGGCCAAAUUAAAACUGGACUGAAGUCAUCAUAAAUGUAUAGUGAAUAUUAAAUAUAUCGCCCAGCCCUUCUCACUGCUACACUUUUUCAUGUGCACCACUCAUUAUGUUGCAUACAUAUUUUUGCAUUUGUGAAAUGUCAGACAGUCAGCUUAAAGUUCUGUAUCUGCAUGACGUCUGUUAUGUGUGAAUUACUGCAAUUGAUAUUUGAUAUUAUUGGAAAGCAAAUACACGUUUUAAGCAAGUUACUGUUAACAUCCACUUAGACCUAUGAAAUUCCAAUCAAUAUAUAAAACUCACUUUCAAGUUUUUAGAAUUUGUGAUACGUCACGCGUCACCUGUUUAAUCUCGGACUAAAUUGCACUGAUAGAAAAAUGAGGUUCAGCACAGUAUUGGGCUUUAUAUAUGUACAGGAAUCCACCAAGGAACAUUUCAGAAGUGUAUGUUUUAUGUACGUGAAACAAAAAUGUACGUUUCUAGAGGAUCUAUGAUUACAAAAAAAAAAAAAACUAGUCUCCCAAAGUCCCAAAGCCUUAACCACUGAAGCCAUUAGAAACGCACACUAACGGAUCUUGUUUGAUGUUACUGAAAAUGUAUGUGCUAAAUGUUUUACUAAAUUCGGGUCCAUCACAUUGUCCAUAAAGCCAACAUUCCCUCUCUGAGUUUUCUAUUUUAAUGUACUAAAAUACAAGUCAGUCAUAGGAAUUGUUCACUCUUCCCUACCGUCUCGAUGUAGUAAUGUCUGAUGAGCGAGAUGAGUUUGAGCAGGUUUUGUGCUUCAUAACUUUGUUCAUUUAUUUCAUGUGGCUCAACUUUCGAUUGAUUGUAUUUAUUCAUGAAUCGCAUGCCUUCAUUUAUGUUUGAAUGUGGAAUCAUGGUACUUCGCCACAGCGGCCUUCAUGUUUACAGUGCUCAUCAGCUUCGUGUUAACCGGCUCGAUGUGAUUCUUGUUGGUUUUCUCAUUCGCUGCAGUGAAAUGAUGGCGACACUACAACGAACUAAAGGCACUUUAUUUAUCUGAUAUAAUUCCUGAUCAUGUUAUUGCUUGGUUAUCUUAAAUAUACAAUAAGGAUACAAUUAUCAUUAUAAACUGAUUCUUUCUUUUCUUAAGAAUAAUGGUUACUUUUCCUGUUUCCACAGUCUUCUUUUUACUAAUGUAUUCAUGACUUUCUAGUGGAUGUUGAGAAUAUGCCAGCAGCACCUGUUACUACCUGCAUAUUUUUUAGUGGGCAGAAGUGUCAUUUGAAGUGAUCUAUUAUUAUUUUUAUUAUUAUUUUUUUUUUUGACUGUAUGAAUAAAGGUCUGGUAAGAUCA